UCACUAACCGGACCAGCCCUUGCUCUGCCUCUGUCCCAUUUUCACUUGUUUUCCUUCUCUCCUCUGCUCUGGAUGCAGAGGAAAAUAAUAGAAAAGAAAAGAAAGGAAAAGAAAAUGAAAUGGGGGAAUAGAAUCUCAACAGCCCCUUCUAUCUCCUUGUCUUUCUCUUUCUCAACAACCCGCAAUCACAAUGGCCUUUCAAUGUGACUUGCAGAUCUCACCUGUGAGCUGCUAAUUUGUAAGUGUAUUUAUAGGCAGUGUUUACAUAUUCAAUGGCGUCUUCAGCAGAGCAAGAGGUGUUUCCAUGGCUAAAAACCCUACCUCAGGCUCCCGAGUACCGCCCAACCCUAGCCGAGUUCGAGGAUCCGAUUGCUUACAUUUUCAAGAUCGAGAAAGAGGCCUCCAAGUAUGGAAUUUGUAAAAUCUUGCCGCCGCUGCCGGCGCCGCCUAAGAAGGCGGCGAUUUCUAACCUCAACCGCUCGCUGGCGGCACGGUCGGCGGCCUCCACAUUCACCACUCGGCAGCAGCAGAUCGGCUUCUGCCCCCGGAAGCACCGCCCUGUCCAGAAACCGGUCUGGCAGAGCGGCGAGGACUACACGCUCUCCCAAUUCGAGGCCAAAGCCAAGGCCUUCGAGAGGAAUUACCUGAAAAAGGGCCCCAAAAAGGGGCUUUCGCCUUUGGAAAUCGAAACCCUUUACUGGAAGGCGGUUGGUGAUAAGCCCUUCUCCGUGGAGUACGCCAACGACAUGCCCGGCUCGGCUUUCGUGCCGACGAGCGGGAAGAAGAAGAAGAGUAGGGAAACAGGGGAGGCAUUGAGCGUUGGUGAGUCUGCUUGGAACAUGAGAGGGGUGUCUAGGGCAAAAGGGUCUUUGUUGAGGUUCAUGAAGGAGGAAAUUCCGGGCGUUACAUCGCCAAUGGUGUAUGUGGCGAUGCUAUUCAGCUGGUUCGCUUGGCAUGUGGAGGAUCAUGAUUUGCACAGCUUAAAUUAUCUGCAUAUGGGGGCGGCGAAGACCUGGUAUGGUGUGCCAAGGGAGGCUGCCGUCGCGUUUGAGGAGGUCAUUAGGGUUCAUGGCUAUGGAGGAGAGAUUAAUCCUCUUGUGACUUUUUCUAUUCUUGGUGAGAAGACCACUGUCAUGUCACCAGAAGUGCUUAUCAGUGCUGGGAUUCCCUGUUGCAGGUUGGUACAAAAUGCUGGAGAAUUUGUUGUUACUUUCCCCAGAGCUUAUCACUCGGGUUUUAGUCAUGGGUUUAAUCUUGGAGAGGCAGCUAAUAUUGCAACCCCUGAAUGGCUGAGGGUUGCAAAAGAUGCUGCUAUUCGCAGAGCUUCAAUAAAUAGUCCUCCCAUGGUGUCCCACUUUCAGUUACUCUAUGAUCUCGCCCUGUCAUUAUGUUCAAGGAUACCUAAGAGUGUGAAUACUGAACCACGGAGUUCAAGAUUGAAGGAUAAAAAAAAGGGAGAAGGGGAAACCCUUAUAAAGGAGCUGUUUGUGAAGGACGUGAUGCGGAAUAACGACCUGCUUAAUAUUCUUGGGAAAGGAUCUUCCAUUGUGCUUCUUCCCCAGCAUUCUUUAGAUGAUCCUGCAUAUUCAAAUUUACAUGUUGCAACACGAUUAAAAGGAAAUCAGAGGAUGCCUCCUGGAUUAUGUGGUUCUGAAGAUGAAUUGAAAUCCCCAGAGGAUUUGGCUUCUGAAAAUUUCAUGCCAGACAGGAAACGCGGAGUGAAGCAAUUGUUUGGUUUCUAUCCACUAAAGGGCAGAUUUUCUUCAGCCUGUCGUGAGAACAGUCUUUCCUCAUUCGAUGGUAGUGAUGAUGAAUGCACCUUGGCUUCUCAGACCCAGAAACCAAACAUAAGAGCAAAAACUGCUCAAGGUGACAAGUUGUCUGAUCAGGGACUGUUUUCAUGUGUCACAUGUGGGAUAUUGAGCUUUGCCUGUGUUGCAAUUAUUCAACCUACUGAAGCAGCUGCACGCUACCUCAUGUCUGCUGAUUGUAGCAUCUUUAAUAAUCAGGAUGUCGGUUCCAGAGCAAAUAGUAAUGGUUUCUCUGGUGCUGACGCUGGAAGGACUGGAAAGAGUGCUCGUGAUGGUUUGUUUGAUGUCCCAAUUCAAUCUGCGGACCACAUUCAAGCAGUAGAUAAGAGCACAGAGGUGGCUAGCAACAGUGAAACACCUAAAGGGCCUUCUGCCCUUGGCCUAUUAGCCUUGAAUUAUGGCAAUUCUUCUGACUCCGAGGAAGAAGAAGGCGGAGCAGAUAUUGCUGUCAGUGACACAAAAAUUAAAUUAAGUGAUUGUUCACCAGAGAGUACACUCCAAUGUGAUGAUACAGGAUUGCCUUCUCUCAGGCCUCAUAGUGAAGCAACUGCUUGUCCUAGACUUGAUUUUGGUGCUGAUGUUUCUCUCCAGGUUUCUGGUUCUUGUGCAGAUAAUGGGCCUCCAAGAUCCACUUUCAGGGGUAGCAGUCAAACUCUCAGUGGAUCUGUUUCCCAGAGUGCUCGCCCAUUUGAGACUAGCACUAUGUCAUUUGCUUCAAGGCCUGAUGAGGAUUCUUCUCGAUUGCACUUGUUCUGUCUUCAGCAUGCUGCAGAAGUAGAACAGAAACUUCAUCCAAUUGGUGGAGCAAAAAUAUUACUCGUCUGUCAUCCAGACUAUCCCGAGCUAGAAGCAGAAGCAAAAUCAGUGGCAGAGGAACUGGGUAUUGAUUAUAUCUGGAAUUAUAUUGCAUUCAGGGAGGCCAAUAAAGAAGAUGAGGCAAGGAUACAGUUAGCUCUAGCAGGUGAAGAGGACCCGGAUGAAAAUGGGGACUGGGCUGUGAAGUUGGGCAUCAAUCUCUACUACAGCGCCAACCUUAGCCGUUCUCCUCUCUACAGUAAGCAGAUGCCAUACAACAGUAUUAUAUAUAAAGCAUUUGGACGCAGUUCUCUGACAAACAGUCCAACGAAAUCUACUCUCCAUGGGAAGGGGUCGGGCAAACAGAAAAAAAAUGUUGUGGCAGGAAAAUGGUGUGGGAAAGUCUGGAUGUCAAAUCAGGUUCAUCCUUUGUUAGCAGCUAGAGAAACAGAAGAAGAAGUAGAGAGUUUUUAUACUCGAGCAAAGCCUGAAGUGAAGCUUGAGAGAGCUUCAGAAAGCACUCGCCCUGCCAUAACCUCAUCUGCAACUAAGAAGACUGGAAAAAAGAGGAAGAAUACUAAGGAAGAUGAGACAACUACGAAAGCCAAAAUCCCUAAAAUAAAAGAUCCCAAGGCUUCAGAUGAUACAAUGGAGGGUUAUCAGCCACGCAGGAGAAAUCUUAGAAACAAACAGCUGAAACCAGAGAAAAGUGUUGAUUCAUCUAUUGAAGAUGAGGUGGAAGGAGGACCUAGCACACGCCUAAGGAAGAGAACCUCAAAGCCCCCAAAGCAGUUAGUGGCGAAACCCAUUGAAGCCAAACCAACGGUAAAGAAGCAGGCAACUAACAAGAAAACAAAGAAAUCCCCGGCUGUGAAGACUGCAGCUCCUUCUAGCAACGUCAAGAUAAAAGAUGAGGAAGGAGAAUUUGCAUGUGAUGUGGAAGGGUGCACAAUGAGUUUUGGCUCCAAACAAGAGCUUGUCCUGCAUAAACGAAACAUAUGUCCUGUCAAGGGGUGUGGAAAGAAGUUCUUCUCACACAAGUAUCUGGUGCAGCACCGGCGUGUUCACAUGGACGACCGCCCCCUCAAGUGCCCAUGGCAGGGCUGCAAGAUGACAUUCAAGUGGGCAUGGGCUCGGACCGAACACAUGAGAGUUCACACGGGGGCUCGCCCCUAUGUUUGCGCGGAGGCUGGCUGUGGGCAGACUUUCCGGUUCGUGUCAGAUUUCAGUCGUCACAAGCGGAAGACUGGGCACUCGGCAAAGAAGGGGAGGGGGUAGAAAAAGGAGGUUUUAAGUUUGAAAAGAGGGAGAGGGGGUGGGGGUGUAAUUUAACAAGGCUGGAGAAACUGUUAAAUUGACUGAGGUAGGUGUAGGUGUUUUAGGGGGGGUUAGAAUUUGAUGUACUUUGGUUUUAGUUUUUUUAGUGCAGUUGAUAUUCUGUUUUGGGGCUGGGUCUUCAAUUCAUUGGGCCCAGUGAAUUUGUUCCAGCAGAGCAAUUGGUUGGAUGUCAAAAAAGGAUUCGUACCCCAAUUGGAAAUUGGAUGUUUCAAGCAAAAAAUUGUGUCGAUAUGUUAAUAGACAUGACUGCCCUUUAUUGCAUUUGCAUUUGAUUUGUCUGCU